UUGACAGAAACCUAGUAUGAGCCGGUGAGAGGAGGGAGAGGGAGUGUGUGUAAGAAAGAGAGAGAGGCACACGCUCUAUCCUAGUACACUUUGCAGUAAGUUGCGGGCGGUUGUUGCUGGCGUGGCGCUUGCUGGUCGCGCAGGGAACUUUAACACGCUGGAUCCCAAAGUCCGUCUCUCUCACCUGCGCAGUUCGGAGCUGCCAUGGAUUUCGCGCCCGGAUUUACUAUCCUAAUCACACUUCCGAUCUUUCUGCAGACGAACGGCCUUUAUAUCGCCAGUAGCAUAGAUUCCCUGCAGCAUGUACUGGGGGACUAUGGACUGGUAAAGCCCGUUCUGACGGAUGCAGAAGGCCGCUUCCUGUCUCACGCGGUAUCGGUUGGUCCAGCAGAUGGGCAGUUCCGUAGGCGCUGGAGAAGAGAGGCGGCAAUGGCCGACCACACCCACCACGAAUCUGAAGAAGGCACGCGUGACCGGCUCUACUACAACGUCACAGUCUUUGGCCGGGAAUUUCACCUGCGUCUGCAUCGCAACACGCGACUGGUGGCUCCCGGAGCCAAGAUGGAGUGGAGUGAGUCCGGCAGCAUGCACUCCGAGCCUCUGAAGAGCGACUGCAUGUAUGUUGGUGACAUUACGGACAUACAGGGAGCCUCAGUAGCUAUUAGUAACUGCGACGGUCUGGCGGGGAUGAUCAGAACCGAGCAGGAGGAGUUUUUCAUCGAGCCGGUGGAAACAGGACAUCACGUGAUUGAGCAGGAGAAGGACAUUGGUGGACGUUCUCACAUUGUGUACCGGACGGCUGCUGUGAAGAAGCCUCCUGUUAGCCCGCUAGCCGCAGACUUCCACUCCAGAGGUGCCGAUCUGGGCGGUCUGAUGGAUCUUGAGACUCUCUAUCAGGGCGUGGAGCGAAGCAUAAACCAGAGCCGGCGAGCCCGCAGACAGUCCCCCGAGCGAGCGUACAACAUUGAGGUUCUGCUGGGGGUGGAUGACUCCGUGGUGCAGUUUCACGGGCAGCAACAUGUGGAGAAGUACCUCCUCACUCUUAUGAACAUUGUGAACGAGAUCUAUCAUGACCACUCUCUUGGGGCACGAAUUAACGUGGUGCUAGUCCGGAUUGUUCUGGUGGAUGCCCAAAAAUCCACGAGCCUCAUUGAGCUGGGCAACCCAUCCCAGAGUUUGGAGAAUGUGUGUCGCUGGGCUUUUGAACAGCAGAGGAAGGACGCCAAUGAUAAAGAAUACCACGAUCAUGCCAUCUUUCUCACUCGCCAAGAGUUUGGGCCCACGGGAAUGCAGGGUUACGCUCCUGUCACAGGCAUGUGUCAUCCCGUGCGGAGCUGCACCCUCAAUCAUGAGGACGGUUUCUCUUCUGCUUUUGUGGUGGCGCAUGAAACCGGCCACGUGUUGGGAAUGGAGCAUGAUGGGCAGGGGAAUCGUUGUGGAGAUGAGGUGCAGAUGGGGAGCAUCAUGGCCCCACUAGUGCAAGCUGCUUUCCACCGGUUCCACUGGUCCCGUUGUAGUCAACAGGAACUAGGCCGCUACCUAAAUUCAUACGAUUGUCUCCGUGAUGACCCGUUUGAGCACACGUGGGAGGAGCUUCCAAUGCUGCCCGGACUGCAUUAUUCCAUGAACGAACAAUGUCGCUUUGACUUCGGGGCAGGAUACAUGAUGUGCACAGCGCUGCAAAAGGUGGGUCCAUCCGGAGCCCAGUAUCGCACCUUUGACCCCUGUAAGCAGCUUUGGUGUGCUCACCCGGACAACCCCUUCUUCUGCAAGACCAAAAAAGGACCGCCCAUUGAUGGCACUACGUGUGGAGAUGGCAAGCACUGUUUUAAAGGGCACUGUGUGUGGCUGACUCCAGACAUCAUUAAACAGGAUGGAAGCUGGGGCAUGUGGAGUGAGUUUGGCGCCUGCUCUCGCCCCUGCGGAAGGGGAGUGCAGUUUCGUACGCGAGAUUGCGACAAUCCACUUCCAGCUAACGGUGGACGUUCUUGCUCCGGCCCGAGUUAUCAGUUCCAAGUGUGUAACGCUCAAGCGUGCGAGGACCCUUACCAGGACUACAGAGCCGAGCAAUGUAGCAUGAUGGACAACAAGUUUGAGUACCAGAAUACCUGGCACCGCUGGCUGCCUUAUGAACACCCUGACCCUAAGCAACGCUGCAAAUUGUACUGUCAAUCCAAAGAGACUCGAGCUGUAGUCAACAUGCAGACUCUAGUGGAACCUGGAACACAGUGCUCCUACAAAGAUCCCUACAGCGUGUGUGUGUACGGAGACUGUGAGAAAAUGGGCUGUGAUAAUGUGGUCGGCUCAGCUCUACUUGAAGAUAAGUGUGGGGUCUGUGGGGGGGACGGAACCAAGUGCAAAACUCACAAGUUCAAUUUCACCUUCGUGGAGAAAAAAGGUGUCAUUAAAGUGCUGGAGGUUCCCCGAGGGGCGAGGCACCUCCUUAUCCAGGAACUCAAUGGGACUUCUCAUAUUUUAGCUGUCAGGAAUAAGGCAUCAGGUGAUUUCUUUCUUAACGCACACGGUGACUUCCCGGAGACACGCUCCGUUAUAGAGAAAGGGCUCGAAUGGGAGUACGAAAAUAAAAACAAUAAGGACACCAUUCAGACGAACGGACCUCUGAAAAAUGAUGUGGUUGUCAUGAUCCGAAUGCAUGGGACGGCCAAGGUGAAGGUGUCAAUCAAAUACAUCACUGACAGUGACCGGCUGAGUGACAGUGCCAAUGAAAACAACAUGGUGCCAGAUAAUGCUGUGCCAUAUUCCUGGGUAGUGAAGAGGUGGACUCCCUGUUCAAAAACCUGUGGAGGAGGUAUUCAGAUGACACGGUAUGGCUGCCGAAAGAAUGCAGAGAUGAGGAUGGUUCAUCGCAGAUACUGCGAGAAAGUCAGACAGCCUCCUCCAAUGUUUCGAGACUGUUACCUGAGAGAGUGUGCUCAGCCCAUCUGGGUGGCUGGAGAGUGGAGCGAAUGCAGUAAAUCUUGUGGGAAGACAGGCACUCAGAUACGCUCCGUUCGCUGCGUGCAACCUCUGGGAGACGGCAAGUUCAAAUCCAUUCGCAGUCGAUACUGCAGCGACGAGCGCCCGGAGUCCCGCAGGGACUGCAACCGCAACCUGUGUCCCGCUGAAUGGAGACUGGGACCCUGGUCACAGUGCUCUGUCACAUGUGGCAAUGGGACUCAGGAGAGGCAUGUGCUUUGCCACACCCGUGAAAACACCAUUGGACUCUGUUUGGACUCUAAACCAGCGGCAUUUAGACCCUGCAGAAUGGAUCCCUGCCUAAGAAGCACUUCCGACUUCAACAAGCAUGGCAACUUCCUGAUACAGUGGUUAUCGCGUCACGACCCGAAAUACCCCGUGCAGAGGAUGACAAGUAAAGCUUCUCUCUCCAGCCACGUGGUGGCGUUGCGCUGUCUGUCGUCUCUCAGCUGGACCUUCCCUCUGUCGCUCUGCCUGGCUCUGCAAGGCAAACUCCCCUGACUGCCUUCCUUUUUCGAGGCUUGCACGCUUCUCUUUCCUGAGUGGUGGUCCUCCCUUACAGGGCAUUUCCGAUAGGGGGAGUUCUAUAUGUUUCUCUCUGUCUCUCGCUCUCUCUCUCUCUCUCUCUCUCUCUCUCUCUCUCUCCUUUGUGGAGCUCUGUGUUGUGAACGCUGGCCAGUAAGAAAAUGUUGACAAAACUAAACAUUAAAAAAAUUCGGAGGACAUUUGUUGAUUUGUGAUCGGACAGGCAGCUUGUGAAGCUAGCUGAGGUUUCCGCGGGAGGCGGCGCAUUGUUGUGAAUUACCGUCCGCUGCAAGCUGCGUCCGUAUGGCUCGCGCUCCUGAGGCAGACACGUUUUGAGGCGCUGCCUGAGCAAACGUUGUGAGAGAAAAUAUAAAAAUGAAAGUGGCUAAAAAAAACUUAAGCUUUAUUGUGAAUGUGAACUUGUCACAAUGAGGAAAUCUUUGCUAAGUGCUCAUUCCACAACCUAGUUCAUUCUCGAAAACCGACGGGACAAGCAAACAAACACACAAACACAUGAGAUGGCAGGAUUUACCCUGUUAACAUGGGACGUACUGUUGAACCACCACCAUACGUGCCGGUGGCCGAUGGUGAACAUGAGGUGGCACUUGAUAAACAGGGUCGCUUUACUACACAUGAUCGAUUGCCAUAACCACCUCAUCCUCCAUCUUCUCUUUGACUGUUAACAAAUUCAAUAAAUGCAGCUUAUUUGUGCUUGCAGAGUUUAAACAAACAUAUGAAUAUAUUUGUAUUUAUAUAUGACUAUAAAUCUAUAUGGGUACCAAUAAUAUGAAAUAUUAAUAAUUUGUUUUACCAUGAAUAAGCUGUAGCUUAUUAGCCUAACAUUUUGACUGCUGUCGAUUGCUUUAAUUCUUGACUGUUACGUGUAUUUUUUUAUUGAUUUUACAUAAAAACAGAACUAUUGCUAUUUAAUAACAGAGGUUAAGUGUUGGGGGGCGGGGAAGACAUAUAUUAUGCAGGACUUGCUCAGCCAGUUUCUUCUCAGUUUUUCCCAAGAGAAGUGAUUUCGUUCUUCGGAUUCAUGGCGGGUCAUAUCACAUAUCCAUCGCGCAUCGAACGACGUGAUGAGAGCGUGCACGUGUGUGUGUGUGUUUUCGAACGUAUGCUACGUGUGUGUUCUCCAGCAUGCAUUUUUACGAUGGUUACCAGUGGCCAUACUAUAGGGACAACGACACAUAAAUAUACCUCAUGAAUUUUCAUCUCCAUCCGAGCUCUUUUUUUUUCCCCGCGAGAAAACACGGAACGCAAGAACAAUGCCUUACUACGUUUGAAUGUAUCGGCAUUUGUGUGUGAAAGUGAUGGCUUUGCGCACAGAAACGUGGUUUGUCACACCUGAGGCAGCUUCAAACUAAACGUAUUACACAACCAACCAAUCAGCCAAUUGUCAUACGCAUCCAAAAACGAUCGCUAACCCAUUGGAUACGGAGAGCGUUUUAACGGAAACCAACUCUUGGCAUCUCUUUAUCACAUCAUUGUAUUGUGAAACACAUUUCUGUUGUGACUAUGUAGCGAGCUAUUGCUCAAAGCCGUGAAGAAAAAAAAAAUGACGAAAAGCCAGACCUUGCAGUGAGAUACUGUAAAUAAACGUUGGUGUUUACUGUAUUAAAUAACAUUUAUGACUGUUAUCUCCUUACUUAUAAGAAAAAAAAAUGCUAAUAUUAUAUACUAUGGGUAACUGUCAUGUUACUUCACUGGCCUAACCGCGUCUUGGCUGGCUGUUGUGGGGAAAUUGUCGGGGGAAUAUUCAGAUGGACUUACGUGCACUGCGUCUAUAUGCACUUUGAUUUAUCAGGGAAACUUUGUUAAUGUUUUGUAAAUGUUUAAUAUAUGACACAUGUAUGUGCCAUGCUAGUUUUUACAUCGUCACAGAAAUCCUGUAUUUUAUUUAACCAAUGACCUAUUUAUUUAUUUACCUGUUCAUCUGAAUUGCCAAUGGAUUAAUUGUUCUCAAAGUAAUGAAGUGUUUAACCAAAGUUACUGUGAACUUGUACCUUUCAAUACAGUUGAUUUAUUUUUCUGAAGAAGACAACUAUAUCUGUGUGUUUCAAGGGGGGUGGGAGUGCAUUUCAUUGUUAAGUUUCUGUCAUGAUCGACUGCAAAAGUAGGAAAUAAAAAGUGUUAUAAAAACGGUAAAUUGUUUUUUCUGCUGUGUUUCUUAACUUUGCUUUGCUUUCUGCUUGCUCCUCUGUAAAGGUGGGAUUUGUUUGACUAUUUUACAUGCCAUUUUUAUCAUGCACUUUUUCAGCAUACAACCAGUAUACUGUAUAUCGACCCUCAGCCACUCACUCUUCAGUUGAUAUCGAUGUAAACCCAUAUUGACUGACCGUUAAUUUUGGUCAAUUGUGUUAAAUGUUUUAGCUGUAGACUAGACACCAAUAAAUAAAUCUUUGAAAUGGACACACAGGCGAAACUACAUUUCGUUGCUGUCCUUCCAAAACCUUGGAUGUCCAAAUUUGCUGUUUUUCAGGAAAUGGAAAAAACACUCGUUUUUAAAUGAUUAAAUACUGUGUUGUCAAAGUUGACAAGCACUUUUUAAUACUUAUUGGUUGGGUAUUUCCUUGUGACCAAUAAUCCUGUUUUAUGGCAAAAAGUAAGCUUCCAAAAUAUGGAGAUAUGAGGUUUCAGAAGGACAGCAGCUAUUUGCAUUUUACUGUAACUCAUCCUUUUAACAUUGUUGUAUUCUCCAAUAUUCUUCCACUGUUCACAUUUUCAUGGUCAGUUCAUAACUUUGUGUUUCUGCAUUUAUUUUGUUUUUCCAUCUCUCUCCAUGCUGUAGCUAAGUUUGUUUCUCGUUGUUUUGCUGCAAUGUACAUGAAACAUCUUACAGAGCAUGUUAACAUGCAAAUGUUGCAUGAUUAUAUAUUAUGGACCAUAUAUAUUUAUUUCAAGCAUUCUAAGCAAAUCCCUCUUG